AUGACACACAGCAGCAUCAUGGUGGAUGUAGGCAAGUGGCCAAUAUUUACCUUACUGUCACCUCAAGAAAUAGCAUCUAUUCGGAAAGCAUGCGUAUUUGGUACAUCAGCCAAUGAAGCUAUAUACAUAACGCACAAUGAUGAGGUAUUUGUUUUUGGACUGAAUUGCAGUAAUUGUUUGGGAACUGGAGAUAAUCAGAGCACAAUAGUACCAAAGAAAUUAGAAGCCUUAUGUGGAAAGAAGAUUUCCAGUCUCAGUUAUGGAAGUGGACCCCAUGUUGUACUUUGCACUGAAGAUGGCGAAGUUUAUGCUUGGGGACAUAAUGGUUACAGCCAGCUUGGAAAUGGCACAACAAAUCAGGGCAUUACUCCUGUUCAAGUUUGCACAAAUCUGUUAAUAAAGAAAGUGGUGGAAGUAGCUUGUGGCUCUCAUCAUUCCAUGGCGCUGUCCUUUGAUGGGGAUCUGUACGCUUGGGGCUAUAAUAACUGCGGUCAAGUUGGAUCUGGAUCUACAGCAAACCAGCCAACUCCUCGCAGAGUUUCGAACUGUUUACAGGGUAAAAUGGUAGUUGGCAUUGCUUGUGGUCAGACCUCAUCCAUGGCUGUAGUAAACAAUGGUGAGGUUUAUGGCUGGGGUUACAAUGGUAAUGGUCAGCUAGGUCUUGGGAACAACGGCAAUCAACUAACGCCAUGCAGAGUGGCAGCAUUACAUGGUGUGUGUAUACUCCAGAUUGCCUGUGGCUAUGCGCACACACUAGCACUAACAGAUGAAGGUUUGCUCUAUGCCUGGGGCGCAAACACUUAUGGACAGCUGGGAACUGGCAAUAAAAGUAACCAGCUAAGCCCGGUGCAGAUCAUGAUGGAAAAAGAAAGGGUUGUGGAGAUUGCAGCCUGCCACUCUGCUCACACAUCGGCUGCCAAGACCCAGAGUGGCCAGGUGUAUAUGUGGGGCCAAUGCCGUGGGCAGUCAGUGAUCUUUCCCCACCUCACUCACUUUGCCUGCACGGACGACGUGUUUGCUUGCUUUGCUACCCCUGCCGUUAUGUGGCGUCUUCUAUCAGUAGGUGAGAAAGAGCUCCA